AACCGGUCAGUCUAAAAUAACCUCAGCGUGAGACAUCACACCUCUGUAAAGCGAGUAUAUCACGACAUAUGAUUGAAAUAUUUUUGAGCUGAGAUUGGUGAAAGAAAGCGGAAAGAAAAUGAAACACUUCUACGUGAUCAUCACAGCUCUGGCAGCAACAGCUCUGGCACAAGGCUCUAUUGAAUGUAAUUUCACUGAAGCUACUGGAACUCAGCAAUGUUAUGGAGCGGUGGGACAACUGUUGGUUUUUCACCUGCCAAACACUGCAGAUAGAGAUGUAAGGUUGAAGAAAGACAAGAAAUAUAUGAUUUUAAAAUUAUACACAAAUCAGAUAGAGAGUCUACAUAAGGAAUACGUCAAUCACAGCAAUCAGACUGAACUUUUCACCAAGGGAAGACUUGAAUUGGGAAAAGCAACAAAGAAACACUCUGGAGACUACAUGUUGGAAGAAUAUAGUGUAAAUGGGAAUUUAAUAAGAAAAGUAAAUGUGCACGUAGAAAUUGAAGCUCCAGUGUCAAAGCCAGCUGUUUCUCAGAUGUGUUCGUCAGAACAGAUCAACAUCGGCUGCUCCUCUGAGGGAGAUGGAGUGGAGUUCCGUCUGACUUUAGACGGAAACUUACUCAUGCAGACAAAAGACAACAGCCAGUUCCUGAACAGCAGUAGAGUUAACAUACAAUCUCUGACAGGGACUAGAACUACACAAGACGAACCCAGUCUUAAACAUGUUACCAUCAGCUUAAAGAGUCAGCUGGCUGGAAGCUUAAUGUGUAUUGUUUGGAACAAUGUGAGCAAAGAAGAAACAGUUAUUCAACUGAAAAUCUGCAAAGGUACAGUAGUUGACGAUCCUACAAAAAUCCUCAUUUUGACUGUUCUUCAACUUUGUCUAAACAAAACCAAUCGACUAUCAAAUUCUUGUAGUAAAAAAAAUAGUUAUUAACUUUCAUUUGACAACAAGUUUGAAGAACAUAGGGUGCUGGUUUAGCUCAGUCAGUAGAGCAGGCAUCCCAUGCACUGAGGCCACUGUCCUUGUAGCAGGAUCAACAACAAAUCCUGACAGUAUUUGGAGCAUGCCAUGUCUGUAAAGCUCUUUAAUAAAGGUGACCAGUUAAAUAAAAUCUGAUACAGAGUUCAAAUGUAGAUUUAAAUGAUAACUACACAUUACCUUAAACUGUAAAUCUAUCUUGAAGACCCGGCUUCA